GAAAAAAAUAAUACAAGACGAUCAAUGUCUUUACGUUAAAUUUAACUAGAUAAGUGAAAACGGUUAUACGUUGAAAGGAUAUCCACGGUUGAUUCAACUAGCAACGCACAUCACUAAGCUUGCAGUCAGUUGGCGUUUCGUUUAGGCUUUUAUGGCGUCUGAGAUUCAUUAUUUCUCAAUGGCAUCUGAUUGUAGAUUUUGUUAUGGGCAGGCGAAAAGUAGUUGAAAUUGAUUUAUUACAUCAGUUAGGUUAGUAGUAAAAGUAUGUGAUAGUAAUAAUUUCCAUAAAAUAAGUAUCUUAAGUUACUGAAAAUGGAAGCAAAAACAUCAGAAUGGCGACCGGGCCCUACCGUAUGUCGGUGUUGUCUCACAGAAGGUUGUUACAAAGACAUUUCUACCGAGUAUUUCUGGAUGGGAAAACGUGAAGUAUACGCUGAAAUGCUUGCCGAUACAUUGAAUUUAACUAUUGCUUACUCACAAUCGGGUGGACCAAACAGUAACAGUCGCUUGAUCUGCGAGCCUUGUAUAUCACGGCUACGUGAUGCAGCUGACUUCAAGCGCCAAGUGCAGGAGUGUGAGAAGACAUUUCUACAACACCUGGACCCCAGUACCUCUGGUAUUGUUGCUGAAGAUGUGUCUCGGGAAUCUAUAUUAAAGGGGAAGCAGGUGAAGAUUGAGCUUGUUAAAUUAGAAAAGGAUAGUGAUGAUGAUGACUUUGAACCAUCACGAUUCACAGACGAUGAUGAUGUUGAUGAUGAUAUAGAUGAUCAACCCUUAACAAAACUCGCAAAAACACCAAAGAAAGAAACUGUGGAUUUAUUGGAUUUGAUUGAUAACGCCAAAGUGGCUGAGAAACGCAAGUCUACGACUAAAGUUAAAGCCACACCAGUUAAGAAGGCUAAACAGAAGAAAGACACAAAAGCGACAGCUAAUCAAGAUAAACCGGAGAAGAAAAAAAAAGGGACCAGAAAGGAACUCGAUGGAUUAAAGAAAGAGAGUAAACCAAAAAGACUGUUUGAAAGGUCCGUCAACCAGAAUCCGGUGCGGCAAAACGCCGUGCUGAUAUUGAAGCAUUCAACCGCGUUCCCUUUUAAGACACGUUUUAACAGAAUUAUUUGCUCCUAUUGUCACGAGGAGUUUCAAAACAUGACAAUACUCCGCGAACACGUUACGGCCGAUCAUUCGAAUGCAGACUUCAAUAGUGCCUUCUACAAAGUUGUAGACGAUCUUAAAGUAGAUAUAACCCAAUUCAAAUGUAACCUUUGCUCGGUUGAUAUGGCGAAUGUUGAUACGUUCAUGACACAUAUAUCUAGAGAUCACGGUAUAUCGGUUAAUUUUGAUGUACCCUUCGGCGUACUUCCUUACCGUCAAGAUACUACCGGACUUUGGAUGUGUUUAGACUGUUACAAAAGUUUCUCAGAGUUCUCCCAAAUCAACGCCCAUUUAAGAAGUCACGUGAAAAUAUUAACUUGCGAUAAAUGCGGAGCAACCUUCCUGUCCAAACAGGGUUUACGACAGCAUGAAAAGAGUUUCAAAUGCAAUAAAGCAUCGUAUAAGCCACGCUUCGGUAAAGCGCUCAAACAUCGCAGCAAUACAGAAAUUAUCUUACAGUGUUCGACUGCUUGCCCUUUUCGAACUUGGGGACAUAAUUUCAAUUGUGUAUUCUGCAGAGUUCAAUCCAAUGAUCCAGUUGGGCUAAGAACUCAUAUGGCUAAUCGUCACGCGAACUUCGAUAUUCAACUUGUUUUUAGUAGGAAAUUACGAAAGGACUUUCUCAAAGUUGAUAUCACCGAUCUUCAAUGUAAGCUGUGCUUUAUGGCGAUAGAAUCUCUUGAUGAAUUGAUGACACACCUCAAGAAUGAUCACAAACAACCGCUGAACUUUGAUGUACAACCGGGUGUGCUGCCGUUCAAACUGAACGACGGCUCCACCUGGAAAUGCGCUAUUUGUAAGAUGCAGUUUUCAAAUUUUAUAUCCCUUAAGAAGCACACAUCGGAACAUUACCACAACUAUGUUUGUGAUACAUGUGGUGAAGGUUUUAUAACUGAAAACGCUCUAGUUGCCCAUACGAGGAUACCACAUGAUAAUAAAUUUAAAUGCAGCCGAUGUAUAGCAACGUUUACUACGCUAGAAGAGAGGAAUUUGCACGUCAAAACCCAACAUACUAACUUACCUUACAUGUGUGUGUAUUGUAAAGAUAAACCCAGAUUCGGUACUUGGGAAUUACGUAAGAGACAUCUCAUGGAAUUUCAUAAUUUCAAGCCAAGGACGGAGAUGUAUGAAUGCACGACUUGCCAUAUGGCUUUCAAAACGAGAUCCCAGAAAUAUCAUCAUAAUGUGAAAGCGCAUCGGACUAAAAUGGAAACAGAGUUUGGAUUCCCGUGUGCACAUUGUUCUAGGGCGUUCGCAUCGAAGUUAUCUUUAGAUAAACAUAUGGCACAGAAACAUUUUCAUAGUUAGGUUUUGAAUAGCCUUCAGUUGUUGGGAUCUGAAUCUUGGGUUACCAAGGUUUGGGAUGAAAGAAGAUUGUAUGUAGCUGAAAUGCUUAUGCUAAGAUGGAUGUGUGGUGUGACAAAAAAGGAUAAAGUUAGAAAUGUGUUUAUUAGAGGAAGUUUAAAAGUAGCGCCUGUGAUCGAGAAAUUAAGGAGUAAAAGAAUGGCGUGGUUUGGACGUGUUAUGCGGAGGGAUUGAAUGUGGAUGGCUACAAAGGUAGAGGAAGACCAAAAAGUAUGGAAUGACUGUGUGAAAGAGGAUAUUCGUUGGAAGUGGAUAGAUUCGGAUAUGACGGCUAAUAGAGAUUUAUGGAGGAGUAGUACAUACUCGUACUGUGCCGACCUUCAAUAGAGAUAAGGGCAGGUUGAUGAUUACGAUGAAUUUCAGUUGUCUAAAUUGUGAACUGGAUUUUUUAUGAUGGCUCUCUUAUAACUAAAAUCUAAUAUCUUCUAGUCUCUCUCAUAUAUACAAUUUUACUCGGUGUUCAACAGUCGUAGUGUUUUUAUUAUAAGCUGUUUUUUUAUGAAUUUAUUUGCUUAAAUCAAUUUGAAAUCACUUGUAUGUUUCUUGUCAAUAUUUGCUAUAUUGAAUGAAACAUACGGUUUGUAUGUAAGAUGUACAAAUUACGUUAAAAGACCGAGAAUAAUCUAUUCAUUAUCUAUUUAUUCAUAUUUUCAUUAGUCUCAUUAUGUUGUGUAUUUUAUUGGAAGCUUGAAAAUCGAUAGGGUACAGAAAUGCAUUUAUUUGUAAAAUUUGACGAAUGAAAUAUCACGAAAAG